CUCAAAUCCCACAUCAAUUGAGGUUCAACGACGAAAAGAAUAGAGAAAAUGAAGCUUCAGAAGAAGAAGAACACCCUUCCGAAGAAGAGAAAGAAAGUAAGAGAGAAGAAGAAAUGGCUGCAAAUCCACGAAGAACGAUUCUACAGGUCAUGAGCCCUGCCUAUAUAGAAGAGGAUCUGAUAGGACUCCAAACUAGCGAAGCCCAUACCUUUGAUAUCCAGCCUGCUAUGUUCCAAAUGGCAUCCGACGACCAAUUUGGAGGCUCAAAGGCUGAAGAUCCAAGAGCGCACAUGUUAUGGGCUUACUGGUCACAUCCAAGAAAGAACUUGAUCAUUCUUCUAAGGUCAGAUCUUUUCUUGAGAUGGCUCCCAAAGAGAAUGAGGAGUUAGUGGAACGUCUAACCGUCAACGCUAAGUAAUGAUCGGAACCCGAAUUGCCAUUUCUACCUGUCCCUUUCUUCUCUUUUCUCAGUUUCUGUCUUUCGCCGAUCGGUUCUAUCUUCUAUCAAUAGCAGAACUAUUUCUCUUGUUUUCGAGUAGCAGGUAUUACAGUCUCUUCUCGACUUCUCAAUCUCCUUUUUAUUUUUGGAGUAAGGAAUCAUAUGCUUUCAGCUUUUAGGGCCUCAAAAUCGAUGUGCUUGGAUCUCUGUUUAUAUUUAGAUGUGUUUCUGUUUCAGUUUAGAUUCAUGGAUCGUUCAUUUCAUUUUCAGUUUCAGAUGUGUAUCAAUGUAGAACUAUAGAUCAAUCAUUUCAGUUUUAACCAGCCGUUUGGAUAGAUACAG